AGCGGCGAAACGCCCCGCCUCCUCAGUGACAGAGCCCCAGUAAUUCUUAGGUGGAAGCCUCAAUCACAGCUGAUGAAUGGGAGUGGGUCGCUGUGGGGAGGAGCUUAGCGCUUACGGUGGCCCCGUCGGGACAUUCAGCUUGAUUGGUGAGCGCGUACGUCACUCCCGCUGCAUUCCGCCCAGCACCGGACACUACGGGACGGACCGGAGAAGUCAGACGGGAGUCGCUUCGACUUGGGCUUGGAUAUUGCAGGUCACAUGAACUGGACAUCUGAAAAACAUGGAAAAUCCGUUAUCUUUUAUAAACUUUUAAUCGUUUGACACCAUUGCCCCUAAUCCCUUGUGGGAGAAGCAGAGGAACCCUUUAACUUUUCAUUUGCGUACAAGCCACCACCUCCGAUCGCAGCCAUGUAUGGAAGUUCUCGCUCCGUCGGGAAGGUGGAGUCCAGCAGCCAGAGUCCUGGCCGCUCUCCGAGGCUUCCACGUUCUCCUCGGUUGGGCCACCGCCGCACAAACAGCACCGGAGGGAGUUCUGGAGGGCCUCCUGGGGGUGGUAGUGGAAAGACCCUGUCCAUGGAAAAUAUCCAGUCUCUUAAUGCUGCUUAUGCCACGGCGAGCCCGAUGUAUCUCAGCGACCAUGAAAUUGUUGGGGGCGACACACCCAAAAGCACCAUGACUUUGGGGAGGUCCGGGGGUAGACUUCCCUACGGCGUAAGAAUGACUGCAAUGGGAAGCAGUCCCAACAUCGCCACUAGUGGCGUGGCCAGCGACACCAUUGCCUUUGGGGACCAUCAUUUACCACCGGUCAGCAUGGCCUCCACCGUCCCCCAUUCAUUACGCCAGGCACGAGACAACACCAUCAUGGACCUCCAGGCCCAACUCAAGGAAGUUCUGAGGGAAAAUGACCUUCUGCGCAAAGAUGUCGAGGUGAAAGAGAGCAAGCUGAGCUCGUCCAUGAACAGCAUCAAGACCUUCUGGAGCCCCGAGCUGAAGAAGGAGCGAGCCUUGCGUAAAGACGAGGUGUCCAAGAUCACUGUGUGGAAGGAGCAAUACCGGGUUGUCCAAGAAGAGAAUCAGCACCUACAAAUGAGCAUUCAGGCCAUGCAGGACGAGCUGAGGAUCCAGCGGGACCUGAAUCAGCUGUUCCAGCAGGACAGCGUCGGCCGUCUCAAGGAACCACUUACCGGAGAGCUGACAGAGGACAACUUCCGCCUUCUGCACGUGGAGCAUGACCGCCAAGCCAAGGAGCUUUUCCUGCUGCGCAAAACACUAGAAGAGAUGGAGCUGCGCAUUGACACGCAAAAACAGACACUCAGCGCCAGGGAUGAGUCCAUUAAAAAGCUGCUGGAGAUGCUGCAGAGCAAAGGCAUCCCCAAUAAGGUCAUGGAGGAAGACCACGAAAGGACACGAAGGUUGGCCGAAGCCGAGAUGCACGUGCACCAUCUUGACAGCCUGCUGGAGCAGAAAGAGAAGGAGAACAACAUCCUCCGAGAGGAGUUGCACCGGCGCUUCGAGAAUGCCCCAGAUUCAGCUAAGACCAAGGCACUUCAGACGGUAAUCGAAAUGAAGGACUCUAAGAUCACUUCUAUGGAGAGGGGCCUGCGGGACCUGGAGGAUGAAAUUCAAAUGUUAAAAUCCAAUGGGGCCAUGAGCACGGAGGAACGGGAGGAAGAAAUGAAGCAGAUGGAGGUUUAUCGCAGCCAUUCCAAGUUCAUGAAGAACAAGGUAGAGCAACUGAAAGAGGAGCUGAGCGCUAAGGAGAAUCAGGCGGAGGAACUGAGGAAGAGAGUGUCAGCUCUGCAGACUGAGCAGUCAAGCAUCGGGCAGGUGAAGCAGGAGCUCUCCCGUAAGGACACAGAACUCCUGGCCCUGCAGACGAAGCUGGAGACCCUCAACAACCAGUUCUCUGACAGCAAGCAGCAUGUGGAGGUGCUAAAGGAAUCUCUAACCGCCAAGGAGCAGCGAGCGGCCAUACUGCAGACUGAGGUGGAUGCUCUGCGCUUACGUCUGGAGGAGAAGGAGACGAUGCUGAACAAGAAGACAAAGCAGAUCCAGGAAAUGUCGGAGGAGAAGGGAACCCUUUCUGGAGAGAUCCACGACCUCAAGGACAUGCUGGAUGUGAAAGAGCGCAAAGUCAAUGUACUGCAGAAAAAGAUAGAAAACUUACAGGAGCAGCUGAGAGACAAGGAGAAGCAGCUAAGCAGCUUGAAGGACCGGGUGAAGUCCCUGCAGGCCGACACCACAAACACAGACACGGCCCUUACCACACUGGAGGAGGCCCUUGCUGAAAAAGAGAGAAUCAUUGAGCGCCUUAAAGAUCAAAGGGACCGGGAUGAGCGUGAGAAGCAGGAAGAGCUUGAGUCCUACAAGAAAGAGCUUAAGGACCUCAAGGAGAAAGUCAGCGUUCUGCAGGGAGACCUGUCCGAAAAAGAGUCCUCGCUGCUCGAUCUGAAGGAACAUGCAUCGACUCUCGCCUCAUCCAGCCUAAAGAAAGACUCGCGCCUCAAAACCCUGGAGAUUGCCCUGGAACAGAGGAAAGAGGAGUUUCUGAAGCUGGAGAGUCAGCUCAGGAAGCACUCUGAUGGUUUGCCUCUCACAGGGAAAGCAGCUCUCGAACUUGCCCAGGAGGCGAAAUCCAACCCCGAAACGAACGAGCGCUUCCAACAGAUGGAGAGGGACGUGACGCGGUACCGGGAGGAAGUGGGGAAAUCUCAGGCCGAGGUGGACCGGUUACUGGACAUCCUAAAAGAGAUGGAGAACGAGAAAAACGAGAAGGACACCAAGAUUGCUGAGCUAGAGAGCCUCACAUCCAGACAAAUCAAAGAUCAGAAUAAGAAAGUGGCCACACUGAAACACAAGGAACAGGUCGAGAAGAAGAAGAAUGCGCAGCUCUUGGACGAAGCCAGGCGAAGAGAAGACAACCUGACUGACAGCUCACAGCAGCUCCAGGACGUGAUGCGGCAGAAAGAUGACCGCAUCGAGGAGCUGGAGGAGGCCCUGCGGGAAAGCGUCCAAAUCACGGCCGAGCGAGAAAUGGUGCUGGCACAGGAAGAAUCGGCAAGGAACAAUUACCAAAAACAGGUCGAGGAACUGAUGUCUGCAAUGGAGAAGGUAAAGCAGGAGUUGGAGUCCAUGAAGGCAAAGCUGUCAUCCACCCAGCAGUCCCUGGCAGAGAAAGAGAUCCAUCUGACCAACUUGCGUGCCGAGAGGCGCAAACACCUGGAGGAGGUGCUGGAAAUGAAGCAGGAAGCCCUCCUGGCAGCCAUCAGCGAGAAGGACGCUAACAUUGCCCUGCUGGAACUGUCCUCAUCCAAGAAGAAGAAGACCCAGGAUGAGGUGGCUUCUUUGAAGAGAGAGAAGGACAGACUGGUGCAGCAGCUGAAACAGCAGACACAGAACAGGAUGAAGCUAAUGGCUGAUAACUACGAAGGAGACCAUAUGAAAUGCUCCGCUCACUCCAACCAAACCAAUCACAAGCCCUCCCCAGAUCAGAUGAUCCAACCCCUCAUAGACCUCGACCAGAACCGCAGCAAACUCAAACUGUACAUCGGCCACCUGACUGCUCUGUGCCAGGACAGAGACCCCCACAUUCUCCAGGAGCUCCAUCCUCCUGCGGCCUAUUACCUGGAUGACAACCAGGCAGCUUGGGAGCAGAGGCUGCAGAAGAUGACAACAGAUGAGCUGACCGAAGAGCUGGAAAAGUGCGAACACGAGAGCGCCGAGCUGCAGGAGUUCGCCAAUGCCAUUCUCCAGCAAAUCGCUGAUCACUGCCCUGACAUUUUGGAGCAAGUUGUCAACGCCUUAGAGGAGUCGUCCUGACCUCCCCCCACACCCAAUCACAGGAACGAGAGACCCAGCCGACAGAAUGGAUGCGGUGUUCGCUGACCUAUCCCUCCGCCCACUGGUGUUGCACCUUGGGAUUGGGAACUGCACUUUCAGCCUUGCACUGCCUGUCCACUCACUGCGCUGUUUGACCGUUUCCAAAGAUCACGGCGGGGGGGGGCUGUCGCUUUCUCACAGAGCUUUCUGGGUUUGCCUCCAGGACCAAACCAUUUCCUUAGCCGUUGGGGGAGGAAAGCACCGUCUCUCUUUCAGUUUGAAUUACUCAACAGAGACUAAAUGCAAUAAUAAAGGGGUUCCUGGUGGUUCUAUGUCAGGGGGUUGGAGCUUGGGGGGCGUUUUAUACUGAGUCUCACCAUAAACUGUUGAGAAACCAUAGUCAGGCCAACACUAAUGUAUUGUACACUACUGCAAACUGCAGCCCCACCGCCCAAUGGCUGACCCAAUAGGCCAGAGGUCCGUUAGUAUCAAUUACACUACUCUUCUUGCUUCUUUCCUUCAACAUCUGGUUGUUCUAUGUAUAACCAUGCUGCCAUGUUUUCCAGGAUUUGGGGGAGAGGACUACCUUUCUUUCUCUGCCAAUCACUACAUACCUUCCUAUAGGAAUAAUCGCCCAACCAGUCAUGACCAUCUUACUCAUGGUACUUGGUGAGGCUGAGUAGCUGGAUUAUUCCAAGGACUUGGGUUCGGCACUGAGCAGUCUUCGCUCGUGGUCAAUGAGGCAGGUAAUUGCCGUUAGCUCUUAGGGUUUGGCCUACAUUUCCAGUUAGGCAGGAAUAGACGAGCGUCCCUCUCCAGCUCUCUCAUAUCUUGAUUCUGUUUCCGUUACAUGGAUACGUUGGGGUUACCUUCUUGUGUUCCCACCUCCUCACCAGCAAGGUGUAUGACCCUCCUGCCUCACCCCAUUCGUACCGAUACAUGUCUUACGGUUACCCCAUAGUUUGUUGUAAGAGGAAACCCUGCCUCUGAUAACCUCAGGAACUCAAGCAAAGUCCCAUCAACAGAGGUCUAGGAGGUGGGUGGAUCACAAAGUCACCUAAAGUGCAGACAACCCUAACACUAGGAACCCCUGCUUUGUGGCUUAUCCAGUUUCUCUAUAAUUCUUUAUUCCCCCCACAGUGUACGCCACUUAUUAAGAACACUAACCGUCACACAUCAAACCCUCAGCAUUGCCUUGAUGGCUGGGGUGGACAAUGUUACCUGUACCUUAGCCAACCAGAGAAGAUCCUCCUAGACUGACAAGCUCCCCUGUCUCUUGUUUUGUGUGGAUGUGAGUCCUUUAGACCCAGUUUCCACACCGGUGCUACGGAUUGUGGAGCUUUAUUUAGUGUAUCCGUCACGAACCAUAGACACCAGCCAUCUCCAUAUUUGUGCUCUUCUGUACACUAACCCUGCUCUGAAUCUUCUCCUAGGGAAUACAUUGAACCUUUGCUGGCCCACAACUCAACCAGGGUAGCAAGUGGGCAAAAUGUUGUUAAUAUAAAUAUAUAAUGAAGAACAUGACUGGGGGUUUUUUUUUUUUGGGGGGGGGGGGAGCUGACCAUCAAAACAGCUCUAGCUACUCAGGGUUUCAUACAUCAUAGGGACCUUGUAGAGUGGUUGAAUAGCCGAUAUGGUAGGGACGUUGGAGACAGUGCUGUCCAACCUGUAGCUACAGUUUUAACUUAAACACCCUUAAUAUGGAGUAAUAUAAAUAUCAAGGCUAGGUUUAUCAGGCUUCUUGUCUAGAAUGGGUCAUUACCCCUAUCCAGUGGGUUCUUGCUCUGACAGAGAAGGACAAGGACAGAUUCAAUCUAGAACGGUUACCUGUUGGAAGGCUGAUUACCAACUCAUCUUUCAGAGGAGAUAUGGCUGCUUUCUAGAAUGAGGGUCCUGGAACUGGUUUUCUGCCCAUGGCAACUGUUAAGCAACGAGGAUAAUUGUCAGCUUUUCUUUAAGAAGAGAGAUGGGCGCUAGAGCAUUGCUUAUUCUUAAAUACUGAAUCUUUCAGGGAACUAGUUUCCGAUCCUGAACAACAGUGUUGGGUUUUGAUAUGUUCCCCUUAAGUAGACAUGAUGGCCACAGCUUGGUCAUGGCAACUGUAGAGCCACCACUGACCCCCUGUUGGAAGGAUACUUGGGAGCUCUUCCUCUAGGAGGUAUGAGCACUAGAGUACGAUAAUGAUCUGAUAGCCACAGCUUGGUCAUGGCAACCACCACUGACCCCCUGUUGGAAGGAUACUUGUGAGCUCUUCCUAUAGACCAGUGGUUCUCAACCUUCCUAAUGCCGUGACCCUUUAAUACAGAUCCUCAUAUUGUGGUGACCCCCAACCAUAAAACUAUUCCUAAGUGUUUUCCAAUGGUCUUAGGUGACCCCUGUGAAUGGGUCGUUCCACCCCCAAAGGGGCCCCGACCCACAGGUUGAGAACCGCUGAUCUAGAGGAGAUAUGAGCACUAGAGUACGAUAAUGACCCGAUGGCCAAUGUAGAGCCACCACCGACCCCUUGGAUAUUAUGAUGCAUAAUAUAUAGCAGUGAUAUCUCCUACAGCCAUGUAUCUGCUGCUAAACUACAUCUCCCAGCAUGCCCCUGCCACCCCAAUACUAGUUUAGUAAAACUGCCAGAUUACAGAUAUUUCCACAACCUACUGAAACCAGACGCAAUAAUCGAUUGCCCACCUUCAUUUUCCCGUUUUUUUUUUGUUUGUUUUUUUACAAAAACGACGAAAUGUUGCUGAGCAAAAUGGCUGCCGUUACUAUGACUUUUUAGAAGACAAUUUUUUGUUUUGGAAAACCUUUUUUUGUGUCAAAAAAGAAAAAAAAUGGCUGAAUGGGUGGGGGCGGGGAAAAAAAGACUUUGGUUCUGGGGGCGCUUGAGGGUUGACAUGUAAUUCCUGAAUUUUCAGGGAUUUUUAUUCUUUUUUUUGUGAUUCAGCCUGGGCCUUUAAUGAACCCUUUACCGAAACCGUUUGUCUAUAGUGUCCCGUGUGGGGUUUACUGCUCUCAUUGGCAGAAGGGACCCCAUCUUGCCACUUUAUGGGCAAAUGAGAAUAAAAGGUGGCUAUUGACCUACAGAGUUACGUUUGCGUGUAACCGCACAUACGUGUAUAGAUGUGAGAUAUGUCUGCGGGUGUUUUAGCCUUUGAAUAAUUCGCCAUAUUGACGUGCUUUUUGUUUCCUUUAUACACAACGCGGUAUGUUUCGUUCUUUUAUAGAAACGUCGGUAAAUUCACCUGCUUCGGUAUAAAGCCUUACAGUCUGGGUGACCCCCACCCUAUUGGUAUUUCCCAUGCUUCUGCUGGGUUGGCUCUAAAAGACUCCUUGAUGUCCUAAGCCACCAUCAGGUCAGGUCAGGGCACCAUAAGCCACCAUCAGAACAGGUCAGGGCACCGUAAGCCUCCAUCAGGUCAGGGCACCAUAAGCCACCAUCAGAUCAUUCUACGCCAGUCAGGGCACCAUCAGAUCAUUCUACGCCAGUCAGGGCACCAUUAGAUCAUUCUACGCCAGUCAGGGCACCAUCAGAUCAUUCUAUGCCAGUCAGGGCACCAUCAGAUCAUUCUACGCCAGUCAGGGCACCAUCAGAUCAUUCUACGCCAGUCAGGGCACCAUCAGAUCAUUCUACGCCAGUCAGGGCACCAUCAGAUCAUUCUACGCCAGUCAGGGCACCAUCAGAUCAUUCUACGCCAGUCAGGGCACCAUGAGAUCAUUCUACGCCAGUCAGGGCACCAUGAGAUCAUUCUACGCCAGUCAGGGCACCAUGAGAUCAUUCUACGCCAGUCAGGGCACCAUCAGAUCAUUCUACGCCAGUCAGGGCACCAUCAGAUCAUUCUACCCCAGCCAGGGCACCAUCAGAUCAUUCUACGCCAGUCAGGGCACCAUCAGAUCAUUCUACCCCAGCCAGGGCACCAUCAGAUUGUUAUAUACCGGUCAUGUUACCCAUGAGUCUCCUCUAGAUUGUUCUUGUCCAGCUCUUCCCAUCACCAUCAGAUUGUUCUAGUCUUAGGUUUGGGAUUUGGCUGAAUCCAAGUGUUGAGCCAAACCCUUUGAAGCUCUGGAAAACGUGACUAUGGAUUUUUCUCUUAUAUAUGCAAUUUAAGCUUUGGGAUUUGGCUCAACCCAUAAAUUUAUGGAUUUGGUGCAUUCUUAGAUUGUUCUAGUCCAGCCAGGUCAGCCAUAAGCCACCAUCUUAUUGUUGUAGUCCACUCAAUGUAGCCAGGAGACCCCAUCAUCCAGUCAAGGUAGCCAUAAGCCACCAUCUAAACAUUCUAGUUUACUCAAGGUUGCCACGAGCCACCAUCUUAUUGUUGUAGUCCACUCAAUGUAGCCAGGAGACCCCAUCAUCCAGUCAAGAUAGCCAUAAGCCACCAUCUAAACAUUCUAGAUUACUCAAGGUUGCCAUGAGCCACCAUCAUCUCGUUGCAGACCAGUCAGUCAGCCAUUAGAGGUUUUCAGCUCUGAUGGGCACAUUUUCCCAUGAAAAGCAAUAUUUAAGGUUGAUGGCCAAGUCUCCAAGGAUAUCUGUGAAUUUUGACCUUGCCCACUCAUCAGGUCUCCGAUUCAUCCCCACUUAUUACAAUGAAAUGUUUCCAGGGUCCUGCCAUCCCCAGCCAACCAGUUGUAGAGCAGUUCUGGAGCAUUUCAGAGCUAUCCAAGCCAAAUAAAGUGGGAUUUGGAGUUCUGCUCUGCCAGAAUACCAGGGGACCUGCCUCAGCCAAGGACUAUUCCCUGCAGCCCUUUCUUAUUUUCAUCCAAGGUCUGCACUAUACCUAUUGGAUUUAGCCCUGUACAGCCAGUUGUUAUCAUUGAGUGGGCCUCAAUGUGAGGUUCUGUGGGGAGGCCCAGUCUGACCAUGGGGGUACUAAAGAAUGUGUCCUGAAUGGUUGGUUUCAUUCACAAACUGGCGGCUUUAUUACUGAAGCAGGUGACCCGCUGCUUUAACCCAUUACAUUGCUGUCUUUGGCAAGCA